AUGGGAAACAGUAAAUCAAACAUAUCAAGUAGCCUUUUGUCACAAGGCGAGAACGAAGAACACGAUGGGAAUACACUAAUGGAUGAACUUCUAAGAAACCAAAGACUACAAGCUCAAUUGUCUGCUAUCCAGCAACAGGCUAAACCGGUUGCAAGUUUGGAAUUUGAUAACAAUUCGCCAGAACUUGGUGGGACAACGACAGCACAAGCACAAGCUGGAAUCUCAGAAUACAAUGAUUUCAAAGAAAAUCUUACAUUGGUUGCUCCUCGAGUGAAUUUGUUCAGUUGCAUGGAUUGGCAGCAGCAAAUGUCUCUUAAUAGAGUCGUUCGCGAAUUGGAUGAGAUAGUCUAUGAAGUUGUUAAUAACAGUGGCAUUUUGGGAAAGAGAAAUCACUCGAAGAACAUAAACUUUUCAUUCAGUAAAAUUACGAUGGAAGAUACUGAUAAUGAACACUUUUUUGAAUUACUGUUCACACUAUCGAAGAAAACAAUAGAAUUGAAUAAUGUACCAAUGUAUUUCUCUCAUCGUCGACAGGAAGAUUCUGUCGAAGUGAAGCCCAUGAAUUCCAGAGAUCUUUGCAUUCCUGAAGGAGACUUGAUUAAGUUUCAAGAUACACUCGAAACGUUCUGCAAUGAUGUUAUCUCUCAUUGCAAACGUCGUUUCCCUACUCUGAAACUCUCGGAAACAGAUGGAUCUCUGGCAUUUUUUCUCAGUCAUUAUCUUCAAAUCGAGUCGGAUGUACUGAGCUUCCAAAUGAGGACAGCAAUGAGGAAGUUGAAUAAAUACGAUCCGGUGUUGGAAAAAACUAGUUUCCUCCAAACCACAUUUCCUCUUGUCAUAAACAAGUCGAGAGUUGAUAAGCAUUCUCAGGAAGUGUCGAAUAUUCUAAAUCACAUUGAAGAUGAGCUCAGCGACGGUGGCCAAUGUGAUGAGCCAUACUCUUAUCAUCACCAUCGAGGGGUUGGAUCAUUAGAUUGGGUUUUGGAGAUAUUGUUCCAACAAGAGCUGGAUCGAUGUUACGGAAGACGGGAUUCUGUUCAGCUUAUCCUACAAAUUGAACAAGUUAAACGUUUCGUGAGAUAA